GUCGCAGUUGUUUUGGAUUUAGAUACAUUUUGGGGACAGUUGCAUUUUAAGCAUUUUCUUGCGUGGAAAAUUAUGACUUUUUUUUGGAAGUUCACUGUCAUUCAUGUCCUCAUCAUCCCCUGCUGUGUAGUUAAUUAUGUAAUUCCUGAGGACAAUUUUGACAUACCAUCAAUCGCCAAAUAUUUCAACACAAAAGGGAGGUAUGAAGAAGUGAACCCGCAUCUCAUAAAGGACAUAUUCGCUGUAAACAGAUCUAUCCUGCAGCCUCCAUCUGCACAAUGUCAACCAUUUCAUCUGACGGCGAUAAUAAGACACGGCACGAGGUACCCGACGAGCAAAAACGCCAAGGAGAUGCAGCAGCUCUACAACAUGGUCAUGAGCAGCGCCUCGGGCAAAGAGAGCUGGCUGCGGGAAAUCAAGAGCCAGUGGCGGAUGUGGUACACUGAGGACAUGGACGGCAGACUGGUGCAGAAAGGUGUGGAGGAUCACAAGCAUCUGGCCAUCAGGCUGUCAAAGCUGUUCCCCUCUCUGAUCUCAGAGGAGAAGCUCCGAGGAGGAUUCAUCAAAUUCAUAACCAGCUCAAAGCACAGGUGUGUCAACAGCACGCUGUCCUUCAAGGCAGGACUGACAGAGCUGUGGGCGAUUACAGAUCAGGACUUUCACCAUGCAAUUAAUGAUUCUGUCAUGAGGUUUUUUGACCAUUGCACCAGGUACGUGCAGGAGGUUGAUAAUAACUCCUCAGCUCUGUCAGAGAUCAACACGUUCAGGCAGGGACCAGAGAUGAGGAGGGUCACGGAGAAGAUCGCAGACCGUCUCGGAGUCCAGUACAGUCUCAUCACACAAGAUAUGGCUGAUGCUGCAUUUUACCUGUGUGCUUAUGAAUUUGCAAUCAAGGCAGUGAACUCGCCUUGGUGUCAACUUUUCGAUGAGGAAGAUGCAAAGGUAAUAGAGUAUGCAAGUGACCUGAGGGAAUAUUGGAAAAGAGGAUACGGUUAUGAUAUUAACAGCAAGUCGAGCUGCAUUCUCUUCCAUGACGUGUUUAACCGACUUAACAAGGCAGCAAGUGAGAACAAGUCAGGACAGCAGUUGACUGAAGCUGUCACAGUCCAGGUGGGCCAUGCAGACACUCUGCUGCCACUGCUCACCCUCCUGGGCUUCUUCAAGGACAACGUAUCCCUGAAUUCAAGUAACUACGCAACACAGACCCAACGCUCCUUCCGCACCAGCCACAUGUUACCCUAUGCAGCUAACCUCCUCCUGGUGCUGUACGACUGUGGAGCCGGAGAGCUGAGGCUGCAGGCGCUGCUCAACGAGAAGCCUGUGACUUUCCCCGGGUUGAGCGACCAGCAGGCCUCCAUGCCUCGCUAUGAAGACGUCAAAGAGAACUACAGGGAGCUGCUCCAAGGCUGUGACUUUGAGACCGAGUGUCAGCUGUUCAAGAGUCCUGCUUAACUUUAGGAAGACAGGGAAGAUCCUGGAAAAUAGGUUUAUAGUGGCUUUGUAUGUAAUAUUUGCUAAGCUAAAUAAACACUACCCUGAACAUGUUG